AUGAGGCUAAUUAACACCUCAACACUGCAACUCGAAGACUUCUUCGACUCGGAUCUCCCCAAAUACGCCAUCCUCUCACACACCUGGGGCCCCGAAGAGGUCACCUUUCAAGAGUGGCUGCUAUGGCAAGAAGACGACCUCGGCUCCCGCAAGCGCACAAACUCCAAGCGCGGGUUCCAAAAGAUUGCAAACACGUGCCGCAUCGCCCGUCAGGAGGGCAUCAGCCACGUCUGGGUCGAUACCAACUGCAUCGACAAGAAGAGCAGCGCCGAGCUCUCCGAGGCCAUCAACUCCAUGUUCGCCUGGUACCGCGGCGCGUCCAUCUGCUACGUCUACCUGGAAGACCUCGAGCCCGGCGGGGCAGCGAGGGCCGAUCUGCGUCAGUGCCGGUGGUUCACGAGGGGCUGGACGCUACAGGAGCUGCUGGCGCCCGCGGACAUGACCUUUUACGAUGGCACGUGGGAGCCCAUCGGGACCAAGGAGACACUGGCGUACCCCAUCGCUUCCAUCACGGGCAUCGACGUCGACGUCCUCAUCUACCCGCAGACCCUCUCCUCCGCCUGCGUCGCCAAGAGGAUGUCGUGGGCGUCCAGCCGGCAGACGACGCGGACCGAGGACACGGCGUACUGCCUUCUCGGCAUUUUCCAGAUUCAUAUGCCUCUUCUCUACGGCGAGGGCCACGAGGCCUUUCGCAGACUACAGGAAGAAAUUAUGAAGGUCUCGACGGACCAGAGCCUCUUUGCGUGGGACUGGACCGAGAAGACGAUGGACCCCCGCCGCGACCUCUGGGUCACUCUACUGGCGCCGCAUCCCUCUGCGUUCUCCGGUUGUGGGCAGGUCGUCAAGUGCAGGACCGCUGCGGACGACAACUGGUCCGUGGGAAAGGAAUUCACAAUGACGAACUUGGGUUUGAGCAUGACGCUGCCACUCAUCAAGACGACAUCCUCGACAACGGUGUACGCGGCCAUCAACUGCAGGCACGAUAUCAAGGACCACGACGACACGGUCAUCUGUAUCCCGCUCUGGACCACGUCCUUCACGUCGACGUUUGGACGGCACAGGUCGAGACCGCAGGCAAACCUGCCGAUCCCGCUGGCUAACGUAUCGAUGCCCGCCCGGUAUGCUGCUCGCCGCCAACAGCAGCAGCAAUCCGGUCGCGGUUCUUCAGCCUCGGUGUCAUACUUCCCUCGCUUCUCGGAGCUGCCGGGCUUCAAGAUGUCAAGAUCCUUUCACAAACAGGUUCUACCAGUGUACGAUGCUAAGCCGGACAAGCCACCAGAAUUACUCUUCCAGCUAUUUUCCUCUAACGACGCGUUGGAGUCGUGGCAGGUGGGCGACGACGCGGAGGCUGAUCCGCAGGAGUACUUACAGACGGCGGCGCACGCGAGCAAGACGUUUGCGAAUAAGGAGGUGCACGCGUUCUGUGUGAAUCUCGUCAACCACGGCGGCGGCAGCAGCAGCACUAGUAGCAGUAGUAAUGGCAGCCGUAACGGCAACGGCGCCGGGCUCAGCAGGCCGCGGCGAUGGUGUCUCAUCAUCAUGUGGUGCGAGGCGUCCGGGUGGAAGAGGGUAUUCUUCCGGGAGGACAAGGGUAAGAAUCUUUCGCCGCCGCACGUGAGGAAGCGGUUCAUGGACUUUCUGCUCGAGACGUCGUGGUUUGCGUUGCAUGGGGAUACUGCGACGUGUGAUGGGUUAAAGGUUGAGGUCGGGAUGAAGCAUGAUCCUCCGCGGGAUGGGUAUUGUCCGGUCGUGCCAUUGUAUUUUGAUAAAGACCAUUAA